AGCACUGGUGGAAAUCUUACUCUCCAGCGCAGCGUUUCUAUCAAGACGCAACGCGGUGGCCGAUGAUCUUGUUUUUAUAUUUCCUGGUACGUGAUCUUAUCUUCCCAGCUUUCUUAUCGCUCUUUUCUCUCUUUCGUGCGUGGUUUUCUAACUGGAAGCGUGUUGGAUCACAACAAAGCGAGAAGCAUCAGUGAUGAUCGACUAACAGUAGCAAGGUGGCUCUCGGAUCAAAAAAUCGCAAUCCUCCCGCAUCUUCCAAAGUUAAAAGUGCAUAGCGGUUUCUUUGGAGACAGGUGUCAUCGUGGCUGAGAGCUUUUGCAGACGAUCGACAAAAGCUGAGCGAAAGAUCACGCUGCAAAGAUGAAAAGCUUUUCUCCUCCAUUACGCCAAAUUGCCACGGUAACAACAAGCGAUGAAACAACGCUGCUGUGCUGGGGAGCGCGAUCGUCAAUGGCAAAUAUCCGGUGGAUCGUGAUCUUGUUUUUAGCUCCUGGUGCGACAAGGACACGCAAAAAACACCGCAAAAGAGGAUCAUUCAAACAAAAAAUGCGAUUUUGCUUAGUAGCAAGGGGCGGACAAACGCUCAGCCAAUCAUUUAGAGGCCAGUUUUUGGCACGAUGCAACAGCAAAUAGCACAGGAGUCAGGACUGAUUCUUUCCCGGUUAGCCGAGGUUUUGUUCGAGAGGAAUCCGAGCUGGGGACUGGACAAACGAGAUCGGCUCCACACCAAUCACCGUAGGGGAGAAACUUGGCAAUCCUAUGAGCGAGAAUCACCGCAAGGAGGGAACUUGGCAGCGAGAAUCACCGCAAGGGAGAAACUUGGCAACCCGAGUCCAAGGUGGAACAGUCCGAGUUGGAGUCCGAUAUGGCUAGAGUCCGAGAUGGAGUGUCCGAGAUGAUAGACUUUUCCCGGUUUCUCCGAGAUGGAAUGGCGUUCGUUUUGGAAGGGAUCCGAGCUGGACGGCCCCAGUCACUGCAAGGGAGAAAGUUAAUGACCGAGCGUGGGGUGAGUCCGAGGUGGCUAGUCCGAGAUGGAGUGGAUCUGUUGACGAGGACGACGAUGACUCCCAAUGCCGUGCAUGGUAGACGUGUGUGCACACACACUCUGUGUGUGCGCGAGGAAAAGGAAUGGUGGGGUGACACGUGGCGUAGUGGCGGAUAUUCCGUUACUCGCCAGGAAGGCACAUUCCGUCGGUAGGCCUAUCGGUAAGUAAAAAAAAUUGGCGAACGGUCUCCGUUACUUGGACUGAGAUUAUUUAAACGCAAAGGGGCAUUUGAUUUUGGAUCCCUUCCAACAAGGUUUUUCUUCUCGUCCGCCAUAGCCCAGAGGGUCCGCCGCCAUGGCGAUCGGUGGCGCAUUCCCGCUGAAUCGAUGUAAUAUCGGCUAGAUAGAUUCGAUCUGGUGCUCCCGAUCCAUUGCGGUCUUCUUUCCUCGAUUUCUUCUUCUUCGUCGGCAGCGCGCAAUGGAACCCGGCGAUGCGGCACACCGCAUCAUGAGAAAGCUGAAUUUCGCGGAGGAUCAAGGCCCUGUCUCGAGGUCCGCCCCGUCGAUGCCGUCGGCACCCGCCGCUGUGCCAGCCCGCGCAAGGUCUUCCUCCUCUUCUCCUUCUUCCCACGCCAAUCUAUGAUCCGCCCGGAGCAGCAGCACGUAUUUUCUUGAAUCAUCCGGCUCGUCACGAUCGGUCCUGGCACCGCAAAGUAAUUUUUCUCAGGACUGGCGGAAGCUUGGAAAAUUCUGUGAGCAUGGCUUUGGCCUUGUUUCACCACAAUCCCGUCGCGGCGGCUUGCGCAUCCCUCAGGUCUAGCUGCGCGAAUCGCCGGCGCCAGAAUCCAUUGUGUCACGCAUCGAUUUUGAGCUCGUCGUAUUCAUCCCGGGCUUUUAACAAUCGUUGCAAAUCCAAACCUUGCAUUAAUAAAUUGCUGGCAAUGAGCUGUGGCACGGCGAAGCCGUGCAGUGGCCAACUUGAAAACGAGACUAUGAAGCUUGCUAGACGGGCUUUUUGCGAAGAAGUAACAAGAAAAGAAAAUGUUUCUCUGGCAAAGGCUGCACUGUUGAUUUCGAUAGAAGACGAAGCUUUUAUAAUGGCUAAUCGAGAAAGGGACAUGGCAGCUUUGCAGAAGGAAGGUCGAAGUGUUUUCCCGCAUACAAAAAUAUAUCCCACCGACGCGCUCUAUUUGGAGGGCCAGAGCAUUGCUCAUUGGCUGGAUAAGCUAGAUUCUCUCGUCAAGACGAGUCAGCAUCCAAUGGAGGUGUUAAAGACGUUUACCAAGAAAUCCUCGCUAACCACGGACCCUGGUAACUUUUACUUGCACCAGGUUCUAAGUCUCGGUGCUGGAACUGCUAUAAUGCUUGGCAUCCUUUAUAUGGAGCUCUCCAGGAGAAUGGGCUUACCUGUGAGCGGAGCACCAGUAGGGGAUGACUUCCUCGUCUGGCCCUCGACUGAAAACAAGGUUGUCAGUGGGGGUGAUUCAGUCGAAACAGGGUUAAGUGCGGAGAUGGUCUUUGAGCCCUUCAAGGGUGGAAAGAUAUGGUCCAAAAAAUCAGAUGGAAGUUACGUAAGGCAGCACUCGAGUGCUGCAAGUGGUCCGCAGGCUGGACCUCAUCCAACAAGCGGCUUGCGACCCGUCUCUGACCAGGCAAUCUUAUCGGUUCUUCUGCGCAAGCUCAAACGCCUCUACUGGAAGCGAGCAGCCAAAGCUUAUGCAGGGUGCGACAUUGCUGCCCCGCUCCAUCCACUGGCGCUCGCCACUGCCCAAGGUGUGCCGCUGCUUAGUCUCGGCAAAGAGCAAACUCUUCUUCGCCCGCAAGACUUGAGGCUUGCAGUAGCGGCAUCCGAGAAGCUGUUGCUGUUGCAGCGAGACUGGAUAACGCGGCGAGAUCACGGGCUUCUCCUGUAUCAUUCCAGGCGAUAUGGGGAGGCUCUCCAGGAGCUGAGCGCUUGCCUGGCUGUGGCGCCGGUUCACGACUUGCAAAUCCUGGAGCCAUUCGUGGAGAAGCUUCACUUACUCCGGGUGGAAUCAUCGUGGGCCGCGUCCUUGAACAGCUGAUCUUGAUUGAUUGAUCGAUCAAUCCAAAAAAAAGAGUAUUGUUGGCUAUCAUAACAGAAAAUAAACCAUUGAUCGAUCCCACAUUAAAACCUUUAAAGGUGAGUAUUUCGCGUACACAUUAGAACUUUAGAAAGCUUGGAAGAGAUUGAGGGUCACGAAAUCUAUCAAAUAGUAACCUUUAAAGGUUUUAAUGUGUGA